UGUGGAGGGAGGAGGUUGUAGUGCGCGGGAUCUCCUACAUUUACGCUCUUGUUUACUGACGGCGAUGAAAUUUCAGUUUUAAUAGUUGGAAAUUCUACGUCCAGGAUGACAGUGGAUUUUGAAGACUGCAUCAAAGAUUCACCCCGCUUUCGGGCUAAUAUUGAUGAGGUGGAGACGGAGGUGGUGGAGAUCGAAGCCAAGCUUGAUAAGCUGGUAAAGUUGUGUGGUGGUAUGAUUGAAGCUGGGAAAGCAUAUGUCACUGCCAACAAGCUCUUUAUCAACGGCAUCCGUGACCUAUCCCAGCAGUGCAAGAAGGACCAGAUGAUAUCGGAUUGUCUGGAAAAGUGUGGCGAGGGUUUGCAGGAGAUUGUCAACUACCACAUGAUCCUGUUUGAUCAAGCUCAGAGAUCAGUGAAGCAGCAGUUGCACAACUUUGUUAAAGAUGAUGUGCGUAAAUUCAAGAACACGAAGAAGCACUUUGAUAAGGUGAGGGAAGAUUUGGAGAUCGCACAGGUGAAGAACGCCCAGGCACCUCGAAAUAAACCCCAUGAGGUGGAGGAAGCCACCAGCACCCUCAACUUCACCCGCAAGUGCUUCCGGCAUCUCGCACUGGACUAUGUGCUGCAGAUCAAUGUCCUUCAAGCCAAAAAGAAAUUUGAGAUCUUAGAUGCAAUGUUAUCCUUCAUGCAUGCGCAGUACUCCCUGUAUCAGCAGGGCUACAACCUCCUGGAUGAGAUUGACCCCUACAUGAAAAAACUGGCUGCUGAGCUGGAUCAACUGGUGAUUGAUUCAGCAAUGGAGAAGAGAGAAAUGGAGCAUAAACAUGCCACGAUUCAGCAGCGGACACUGUUACAGGACUUUGUGUAUGACGACCCAAAGUUGGAGUUUAACGUGGAUGCGCCCAACGGAUUGGUGAUGGAGGGCUAUCUGUUCAAAAGGGCCAGUAACGCCUUCAAAACAUGGAACAGGCGGUGGUUUUCCAUCCAAAACAGCCAGCUGGUUUAUCAGAAGAAACUAAAGGAUUCGCUGACGGUUGUUGUGGAGGACUUGAGACUCUGUUCUGUCAAACCUUGUGAAGACAUCGAGAGGAGGUUCUGUUUUGAAGUCGUGUCGCCCACCAAGAGCUGUAUGCUACAGGCAGAGUCAGAGAAACUCCGGCAGGCCUGGAUCCAGGCGGUUCAAGCCAGCAUCGCCUCAGCGUACAGAGAGAGUCCAGACAAUUAUUACAUUGAGCGUUUGGACCGGACCGCUUCGCCCUCCAUCAGCAGUAUAGACUCAGCAAACGAGCCCAGAGAGCGCAGUGGCAGGGGCGAGAGCAUUCUGCAGCGUAUCCUGUGUCUGCCGGGAAACCAGCAGUGCUGUGACUGUGGGCAGGCUGAGCCGCGCUGGGCCAGCAUCAAUCUGGGCAUCCUGCUCUGCAUCGAGUGCUCCGGCAUUCACAGGAGUUUGGGAGUUCAUUGUUCAAAGGUCCGUUCUCUCACCCUGGACUCAUGGGAACCAGAGUUACUGAAGCUGAUGUGUGAACUAGGAAACAGUAUCAUCAACCACAUCUAUGAAGGCAGCUGUGAAGAGCAGGGCCUGAAGAAACCGGGACCCAACAGCUCCAGGCAAGAAAAGGAGGCCUGGAUCAAAGCGAAGUAUGUGGAGAAGAAGUUCCUGAAGAAGAUGAUGGCGAGUGAAGUUCUGGUCAACGGCGUGAGAAAAUCGGAGCGCCGAUGGAACUCCAGGAAAUGCAGGAGACAUAACAGCGCCACCACCGUCCCCAAAACACACCGCAAAUACAGACAGGAGCCAGGCAGUGCAUCUCCUGCAACCCUUUCCUCAGCAACUGCUGCUCUGGAGAGAAAGUUCAGACGGGAAUCCCUCUUUUGCCCGGAUGAGCUGGACACCCUCUUUUCAUAUUUUGACACUGGUUCAGGACCUCACAGUCCUGCAGGUCUGAGCAGUGACAGUGGGUUAGGUGGCAGUACUGACGGCAGCACUGACGUCUUGGUGUUUGAGUCUGUGGUGGACAGUGUCACAGAGGAGGAGUGUGAGGUGUCUGAAGACUCCAGUAAUGAGGCUGAAUUGGAGCCAGAGGCAUCAGAUCCAGAAGAUUUGAGAGAACUGGAUCCCGGAGCAUUACUCUAUAAGGCCUGUCGGGCACGAAAUUUGCCCAUCAUGGCUGAAGCUCUGGCACAUGGAGCUGACGUCAACUCAGUGAAUGAAGAGGAUGAGGGGAAAAGCCCCCUUAUUCAGGCUGUGAUUGGAGGUUCCUUGAUAGCCUGCGAGUUUCUGCUCCAAAAUGGUGCAGAUGUCAGCCAAAGAGAUCACAGGGGAAGAGGCCCGCUGCAUCACGCCACAUAUUUAGGUCAUACUGGUCAAGUGUGUUUGUUCCUGAAACGAGGAGCGACCCAGAAUGAUGGUGAUGAGGAUGGCCAGGACCCACUGAGCAUAGCGGUUCAAGCCGCUAACGCUGACAUAGUUACUCUGUUACGUCUAGCACGUAUGAACGAGGAGAUGCGCGAGUCGGAGGGUCCGCUCAGUCAGCCAGGUGAUGCCACGUACCUGGACAUUUUCCGAGAGUUUUCCCAUAUGGCAUCCCACAAUCCUGAGAAGCUGAAACGGAGGAGUGUUCACUUCCGUCACUCCUUCAGAGUGUGACAGAUCAACUUUUAAACUUUGGUCACCAAUCAAGCUGGAGCAGAAGACACUUUGGCUGAUAUCAUAAGUGGACUUUAAACGAUAAUUAUGGACGUGUUGAAUGUUUGCAUUGAUUUGAAUGCUAUUUUUGUAUCUUUAUGGGGUCAGCUGGACUUAUCCCCACUGUUUGGUGUUUAUUUUCUUCAUUUGCAUUCUUCUUCUUUUAGCCAUUGACAGUAACAGGCACUUAAUUAAGCACUAAAUGUCAAAAUAUCUGCCAUUUAUGGUUUAACUGUUAAAACAUAUAAUCAAAAAAAACAUGCACGCUCAUGAUCACAAAAAUUAUCUCAAUACUAUUAUUACAAGCAUCACUAUUAUUAUGCUCUAUAAUUAAAUAUAUCCGGCGCUGAUUAUUCUUUCUGUUUUUAAAGCAGUUGAAAUAGGGAAGUUGUUUUUGGAGAAUCUGCAGUGAUUUUGUCUGUUGCUGUAGUGAUGAAUGUACUGUUUUGUAUCGACUAUACUGGUGUAGUCUUUAUAUUUUAUCUGUACAGCCACUAUAAAUCAUUGCAAAUUCAAAUACAGAUAUUGUAUGUUGUCUUUUUAGAUGCAAAUUGAUAAUAUAUCAUAAAAUUAUGGUAUUUUGUUAAAAAUGCAAAAACAUUGAGUGGACCUUU